ACACGAAUAUUUCCCCCAUUACCAGACUGGCCGAGGUUUCCCUUCCUCCAUAUGGCACCUCCUCGUCUUCCCGCCAUUGUCGUCCCCCUCACUACCUCCAAACACUAAACUUUCAACCCCCAAAUUCUUAAUUCCCUCCUCGUUACACCCAAUCCAAACCAAACCUAACUAUCCAUCUCCAUUCCCCUCUCUCCACCUUUCUCCCUGCUCCAUUCACCAUGAACCCACUGCUUCACCCACCUCCACCGGAACCCACCGCCGGAGUUCCCCUCUCCGGCCUCCUCCCACCAGACUCACUAAUUGAAUCUCUUCUCCAGUCCUCCGCCGAUCUCACCGCCUUCGACUCCCUCCCUCUCCUCCAAACCCGCAACACCACCGCUGCCGUUGCGCGCGCCAGGCUCAUCUCCUCCUUCCUCGAAGACCUCCAUGACUCCACCAGACGCAGCAGCGGCAGAUCUCUCCCUCCCUCUUCCAUUCUCUGCCUCACCGAGCUGUACUCAGUCAUCCGCCGGACAAAAUCCCUCCUCAACGAUCUCUCCUCAGGAAGCGCGUUAUGGACUCUGCUCAAUGCAGAAUCCUUCGCAAAACGCUUCCUUUCCUCCACCAACGAGCUCAUGGCGGCGCUCGAUAUCCUCCCUCUCAGUCUCCUCCCCAUCUCCCAGGACAUCCGCGAACAGAUCGAGCUUCUCCACCGUCAGACCAAACGCGCCGCCACCGCAGGCGGCGGGGCGUUUGUUGACAGCCGGGAAACCCAUCUCCGCGAGGAGCUUCUCUGCAUCAUGGCGAAAGAGAAGGGAUUUCUCGAUUUCAACAAGGUGGAAGAAAUCAUGAGCAGACUUGGAUUACGAACAGCCGCAGCUUACCAGGAGGAAAUCAAACGGCUUGAAUCCGAAAUCCUCAAGCAAGCAGGGACUGGUGGUCUCAUGGCUGUUUCCAACAUAAAUAAUCUCAUAUCCUUCGUCUCCUAUUGUAAAAACAUCAUCUUUCGUUGCAGCCAGACAGACCCCAUUCCCAAAGUCCUCAGCCGAUCGUCUUCCUGGUCUGUAGCGACAUCGCAGCCUAUCGUCAACACUAUCCCCGACGAGUUCCGGUGCCCUAUUACUCUUGAUUUAAUGAAGGAUCCGGUGGUUUUGGCCUCCGGCCAUACUUACGAUCGGAGCUCCAUUUCCCGGUGGUUGAAAUCCGGCCAUCAAACCUGUCCGAAGAGCGGACAGAAACUGAGUCAUAUGGCAUUAAUCCCAAACUACAAUCUCAAGAGUCUCGUCGAGCAAUGGUGCACAGAGCACAAUUUUUCCCCCACUCCGUCGCAUCGACCUCCCAAUACAGCGGUCGUCACUACCGAUCAUAUCUCAGAAACCCGCGCGGCCAUCGAGGCGGUGAGAAUGACGGCGGAGUUUCUAGUCGGAAAACUAGCGAUGGGCUCGCCGGAAACACAGAGACAAGCGGCAUACGAACUCCGGCUGCUCGCCAAAUCCGGCAUGGAUAAUCGCCGCAUAAUAGCAGAAGCCGGCGCAAUCCCUUUCCUCGUCACUCUCCUCGGUUCCCGCGAUCCCCGCACGCAGGAGAACGCGGUGACCGCUCUGUUAAACCUCUCCAUCUUCGAGAACAACAAAACCCUAAUAAUGGCCGCCGGAGCGAUUGAAUCGAUCGUAAAGGUGCUGCGGGAUGGGGAAAUGAUGGAGGCUAGGGAAAACGCGGCGGCGACCAUUUUCAGCUUGUCGAUAUUGAACGAAUGUAAGGUGCAGAUCGGGAAGAGAGUGGAAGCAGUGGUGGGGUUGGUGGAGCUGUUGAAGCAGGGCACGCCGGCUGGGAAGAGAGACGCGGCGACAGCUCUGUUGAAUUUGGCUGUUUAUGAUCCGAACAAGGCGGCGGUGGUGGCGGCGGGGGCGGGGCCGGGGCUCGAGCUAUUGAUGGAUGAGAAAGCGGGGAUAACGGACGAGGCGCUGGCGGUUCUCGCGGUGCUUUGCGAUUGCAGGGAGGGGAUGAGGGUGAUAGGGGAGAGCAAGGUGGUGGUGGCGAUAAUGGUAGAUUUGAUGAGGUUCGGGUCGGAGAAAGGGAAGGAGAACGCGAUUGCGGUGCUGAUGGGAUUGUGUAAGGAUGGGGGAGCGGAGAUGGGGAGAAGGUUGCUGAUGAAUGCGAGGAGCGUGCCGUCGCUGCAGAGUUUGGCGGCUAGUGGAUCCAUGAGAGCGAGGAGGAAGGCGAAUGCGCUGCUGAGAUUGCUUAAUAGGUGCUUCUCCCAGUCUAAUUCCGCUCCGGCGUGAUGAAGAUGAUGGUCAGUUUUGUCAA